GCUCUAGGUCGUUCAAUAUAAUACAGUUGCCGGUCUAGAGUGUACCGAAAGACCGAUUAGCUUCCGCUUUGAAGAAAAUAUUAGUAAUAUUUGACAGAAAUGUCCCAUCAAACAGGAAUCACAGCUGGAAAGGAAUUAUUGGAAUAUUUUGCAACAUGCAAAGAGGGACAUGUACGAUUGAUAAAAAUUGGCAUAGUGAAUGAGGAACUGGUGUUACAAGACAGUAAAGAUGUGGAUGGGACAUGGGAAGAUGAUUAUGACAAAUUUGUAUUACCAGCACUUGAAGAAAAACAGCCCUGUUACAUCCUAUUUAGACUAGACAGUAAAAACAACUUGGGAUAUCAGUUUAUAUUUAUCUGUUGGUCUCCAGACUUCUCACCUAUUAAAGAGAAGAUGUUAUAUGCAGGAACCAAAUCCACACUAAAACAAGAAUUUGGCGGAGGUUUAAUACAUGAUGAAAUGUUUGGUACAGAAAAGGCAGAUGUCUCAUUAAAUGGCUACAAGAAACAUGUAGUAGCACAGCAUGCCCCUGCUCCAUUAACUGAAGCAGAAGAAGAAAAACAACAUAUAAAAAGAACUGAGAUCAAUACAGCUAGUGUAGAUACCAAACUGCAAACCAUAUCAGGAGUAGCCUUUCCUAUAUCACAACAAGCUUUGAAUAAACUUGAGGCAUUAGGACAGGGACAAUUUAAUUACCUUCAGUUGAGUUUAGAUCUCAGUAAAGAAAUAAUAAAUUUUGAAGAAGCAGAAAAUGUUAAUGUAGGUGAUUUGCAAGCACAUGUACCCACAGACCAUGGUAGAUACCAUCUCUAUAACUUUAAACAUACACACGAAGGAGAUUACAUGGAAAAUAUAGUAUUUAUAUAUUCAAUGCCUGGCUAUAAGUGUUCUAUAAAAGAAAGAAUGUUAUAUUCUAGUUGUAAGGCACCAUUUAUUGACAAUGUACAACAAUUAGGUUUAGAAGUAGUUAAAAAUAUUGAAAUAGAUGAUCCAAAAGAAUUAACAGAAGCCUACAUAUAUGAUGAAGUUCAUCCAAAGAAGAAUGUUGCCAGACAAGCCUUUGCCAAACCAAAAGGCCCUGCUGGUCGGGGACCAAGAAGAAUGCAACCCAAACAAGAAUCAUAGUACCAUCAAUUGUUAAGAACCUAACCAACAGUACAUCUCAGAGAUUAUGUUAACAUUAUAGUGAAUCAUUUUGUUAUUGUCAUUUUUCACUGCAAAGAUUGUUAUCAUUAUUUAUUGUUAUCCCCCCUUAUUAUCACUGGAAUGUAAAUGGAUAAAUUUAAGGAUAGGAAAUUCCUCUUAGUAAUAUCUUUAAAUGAAAUUUGUAAAGGGGUUGGUUGUUUGCAGAAUGUGUUACCUUGUAAGGAUAAGGUGGUUAAUUUGAACAGAAUGAACUAAUUACUAUGAUAGAAUAAAUUUCACUUACUCAGUUGGAGGCCAUUUUGACUUUUUGAAUGGCAUUAAUAUUACGAUUAUACACAAGAGUUUCUUCUGUUCAUUUAGACAGAACUUUUGAGAUAAUACAAUCUGUUCUUUGAAAUUCUUUUCUUCAAAAUUGUAAUUUAUAUCAGUAUUAUCAUUAUAAAAUGUACUAGUUUUAAAAAAGUUUAUAUACUGCAUGGGUCUAGGCGUAGUAUACUGGAAACUGUCUAAUGGGAUUAAGUGUAUACAUAGAUAGAUGGACAUUGCGAAAUAGGCAAUGUAAUAACAAACAAAAAAUCGUAUUUUUGAUUAAUCAGUUGAAAGAUCUAGAGAAUUCAGGCUAUAGAAUGUAUAUAUACUGUCAGAAAACUAUAAGAAGGACCUUUUAUUUUGUAAAACAAUGUUUAUUUACAUUAACCAUAUUCAGAUUUUUAUCAUCUAGAAUAAAAAGAUAUGUUUGAAACAACAAAUUAAUAAUAUGCAAUGCUCAAAAACAUGAAUAUCUAAGAUAAGGAACACUUUCAAAGAAAACUGUGAUAUUUUUUAUAUACAAUGCAGUGUUCUUUUAUAUUUUUGUAAUGCAUAUAUUUGUCACUUAUGCAUGUUAUUAUAAGAUCAAAGUAAAAGAAAAUUUGUUUGUUUUUUAAUUUUUGUAAAAUUUUGACAAUUGUUUUAUAAAGUAUUCUUUACUUGUUAUCAUUUAAAAUGAGAAAAGAGAAACAUGAUAAAAAGUGAAUCAACAAUUUGAUGAAAAGAAUACAUGACUCGUUGUCCUCUUCAUGUAUCCAUUUGUUAAAUAUUUUCAAAAUGGCAAAAAUUUUAAAAAAUAAUGUUUCAAUCAGUCAUAGUUUAAAAUUAGAAUAAUUCAGUUGAUUGUAGGAAGAGUUUUUAAUAGAGAACAUGGUGUGCUCGAUCAUUAUAAGAGGCAAAACUGAAAAUCAUGCAACAUAUAGGGAAAUAAAAGUUGAAAUCCAUUGAAAUUUCAGAUCUUUGGCUAUUUAUCUUAUCUUAUCUAGAAUUAUGAUAUAUUGUAUAGAAACUAUAAAGAUAUAUUCUUAAAGAUUUCUUGACCUUGUACUAAUCAAGUUAUUGUGGGAUAGAAGUAAGAUGCAUCAAAUGGCUGUUUUUAUUUAACCUGUGUUAUUCUGGAAACUGUUGUAUGAUUUACUGUUCUGUCUCUAUUAUUGUUAGUUUUGUCUUUUUAAUGAGGAUUGUUUUGUAUUAUGGUUUUGUUGAGAUGUUUAAGUUUUAAUGCCUGUUACAAUGUUAUGAACCUUUUCACCAUUCCUGUGAAUAGCAAUUGUUGAUAUUGAAUUGAAGAGCUCAGGAUAUACCUCAAAAUUGAAUGUUUGCUUUUGAUGACCAAGUGUUUAUCAUUUUUUGGAUGAAAACAACUAAGAGCAUUUCAUUUUUGCUUAGGUGACAUUGAUGAAAUGAAAGGUACAGCAUGUAUGAUUUAUGUUUUUCUCAAGACAAGCCAAAAUUGAUUAUUUGCUUUUGCUGACCAAGCAUAUAUCACCAUAACAUUCGAAACAGCUAAUAUUAUUUUAUUCAAGGCCUAAUGUUACUUUUAUAAGAGACUUUCUGAUUUGAAUUUUCCUUGGAUUUUUUUUUCUUUUUGUUUACUCUUGCAAUGUUUUUAUAAAUAAUUAAGCUCACUUAUUAUCUGAUUGAACAUAUUUAUCAAUCUUAUUUGUAUACAAAUUACUUUUUCUUGUUUAAAAAAAAGAAAACUGUUACAUUAUUGUCAGUGUAAUGUAGCCUUGUGCUAUACAUGCUUGGAUUGAUUUUUUUCCUUGGGUCAUGGAAAAGUAUUAGCCGAAAAAAAUGUUGUUCAUAAUGGAACAAAGUAUAUUAAACAAUAUUUUUUUUUAAUUUUUUGUGUGUUUCUUAACUAAGAUUAAAAGAUUGCAACCCAAUGCUUUGCAAUAUGAUGUAUUUAUGAAUAAAUCUAAUAUAUUGCC